GCGCUCGCGCUGCGGAUUCCGCCGGCAAUGGAUGCGCGGGCGCGCGCCAAGCGCUACGAGAAGCUCGACUUCCUGGGGGAGGGCCAGUUCGCCACUGUCUAUAAGGCCAGGGACAAGACCAAUAACCAAAUCGUGGCUAUUAAGAAGAUUAAACUGGGGCAUAGAUCGGAAGCUAAAGAUGCUUGUGUGGUGUAGUAGAAUUUUGUUUGUGUGCAGGCUGCUGUCCUUCCGGGAUCCUGCAUCAGGAAUCAACAGGACAGCCCUCAGGGAAAUAAAGCUGUUACAGGAGCUAAGCCAUCCAAAUAUUAUUGGUCUCAUAGAUGCAUUUGGACACAAGUCCAAUAUUAGCUUGGUGUUUGAUUUUAUGGAAACAGAUCUAGAGGUUAUUAUAAAGGAUACAAGUAUUGUGUUGACACAGUCUCACAUCAAGGCAUAUAUGCUGAUGACACUUCAAGGAUUAGAAUAUCUACAUCAACACUGGAUUUUACACAGGGAUCUUAAACCAAAUAACUUGCUGUUAGAUGAAAAUGGGGUUUUAAAAUUAGCUGACUUUGGCUUGGCAAAAUCUUUUGGAAGCCCAAACAGAGUUUAUACACACCAGGUAGUAACGAGAUGGUACCGAGCCCCAGAACUAUUGUUUGGGGCUAGAAUGUAUGGUGUUGGUGUUGAUAUGUGGGCUGUUGGUUGUAUUUUAGCUGAAUUGCUCCUCAGGGUUCCUUUUUUGCCUGGAGACUCUGAUCUUGACCAGCUGACAAGGAUAUUUGAAACACUGGGCACUCCAACAGAAGAGCAGUGGCCUGGGAUGACGAGUCUUCCAGACUAUGUCACAUUUAAAUCUUUCCCUGGAAUGCCACUUCAACAUAUCUUCAGUGCAGCUGGUGAUGAUCUGCUCAAUCUUCUUCAAGGCUUAUUUACAUUUAAUCCUUGCACUAGGGUUACAGCUACUCAGGCAUUGAAACAGAAGUAUUUCAGUAAUCGACCAGGACCCACUCCAGGAAAUCAGCUGCCAAGACCCAACUGUCCUGCAGAAGCUGUAAAGGAGCAACAAAAUGCACUUUUAAAUUUAAAAAGGAAAAAAACAGAAGGAAUAGAUCAAGGAUUACCAAAAAAACUGAUUUUUUGAUUGCUGUGGAUGGGAUAUGAAAAUGAGUGAAAAUGACCGAAGUUCCAACCAUUUUUAAAAUGCUGCAAUAGUCACAGGAUUGUCGUUUUAUAAUAUUUCAACAUGUAAAAUUAGAAUUUAAUAUUUCUUUACUGAAACAAGGGUUUUAUUAACCCUUCUUAUUACAAUAAAAUUGUUUUGAAGGGAAAAAGA